AUGAACAACUUCGUUGGUUUCUUCCUGCUUCUUUUGAUCACUGUGGCCGUUGCUGAAUACGAUCAUGGUCCUAAAUAUCCUGAAUCUGAACACGAGAAACAUGGUCCAUGCGGAAAGUUCAGCACACUUAGAAUUUUGACGCAUAAACUGCGUCACUGUGAAAAGGCUGCACGAGAUGUGAGGGCUCCUGUUUCUUCACAGUGUUGCAAAGACCUUGUAAAUGUCAGCAUCCCUUGCCUCUAUGAUGUCUUCUCUUCCGAUGCUUUCAAGAAAGUUGGUGUUGAUCCCAAAAUCGCAAUCACCAUUCCCCAUCGUUGCCAUUUCGCCAAGCCAUAG